AUGGAUCAUGUGGUAAGGGAUUUCUCGAGUGAUAUAGAAUACUCCUCUGAAUCAUUUAUCGUGACUCUAUUACAUGGGAAGCCAGAGCAUAAACACUUGGAUGUGUUGACCGACCUUUUGACAAAAGGUUCCGAAAUAGAUGAGCGUGUCGCUUCAUCUAUCAGUGCCGCAUGGCACUGGAUAUGCCAGAAUGAUCUUUGGUCUACGAGGUAUGAGAGCCUCAGUGACUACCGGAAGGCUAUAGGAUAUAUGGAAACGGUACGGCCGAUUGUACAGCGACAUAAGAAGUCAGAGCUAGCGAAACGAUCAAGUACCGAAACAAUAUUUCGGUACUGGAAAGUUCCCUUCGAUAAGGCUCUUCCAAUUCAUACUCGCCCCUUAACCUGGAGCAAACAUUUGCUUUCAUUGACAGCCUGUUUGAGCAAGCACCUAAAUCAUUUGGACUCCCUAUCACUCCUUGAAAAUAGCAUGAAAAACAGACCAGAACGUGGACGCACUCGGACUCGACUCAUGGCAAGUGAUGUCCAACGGGCAUUGGAAACUUUAGGCAUACCGCAGACACUCUUGGCAGCACGGGGAUUUGAACCUCCAAGAAUGCGGCUUACGGUGUUUCAAGCAAGAAAAUCCCGAACCUCCUCGAGCUCAGCUCAGAACCAAGGCACUGAUAGUUGCGUUGAGGCUGACACUCCACCGUCCACCAUCCAUUCAGAAACAUCAUACCUCUUAAACACACAAUCGCAAAGUCUGCUACCAUUUGCAGCCUCGCCUACAGAAGGGCUGCCAACAAACAAAGACCCAAAUGAGUGGCAGUGCUGCGGAUGUAUUCCUAUAUGCUUGCCACUGAUCGCCCUAAUUACUACCCCUCAAGCAAGGUUGGAUACGAAGCUUCUGACGGCAUUGGUGGAGUGGGCAUACACAAUAUCAUGGGGUAGCUUUUGCUCCGAGCAUCUGAUGCGUCUAGCCCACUUUAUCCCCACAGAGGAUCUAUGUGACAGCACUAGAGCAGACGUAAUUCACAUAUUGGAGGCAUUCUGCUCUCGUGGAUGCUACAGUUCCAUAGCUACGGCCAAUUCCCCCUUUAUGACUGGGUCUGCCGAUGCGUGGUGGCGUUGGAAAAGGGAUGGAUUUCUCCAUAUCCCUGGGUUCUUUUCCUACAUGGAAGAGUUUGGUGUGUUCAGGCGGGUUCGGAAGUACCUUGGUAGAGGCACUACUAAAGAAGGUGCAACUUCGACAUUCUAUCGAAACUUCAUCCAGCAAUGCUACGAGAUGAUCUCUCAAAUGGUACAACGGGAUCCGGCAUAUUAUGCUGUUCUAGUCGCAUGCAGACCGGACCAAAACCAGAAACUCGUUCAUCGCCCACGACAGUAUCAACAAAGCACUGUUUCCCAGUGCGACGGUGUAGGGCUCGGUGUCCCAAUUGACAGCACCAAGUUACUGGCCCAAGGGGAAGUCACGAGUGACAUCCAUAGUACUGUCAUAUUACCGACAUGUGAGACUGCGCAAAAGAUCCGACUAGUCCCAGUGUCGCAUGGGCAAUGCAACUCAUGGUCACAGAGCCCGUUAGAAGCGGAGCAUGGAGAUGGAUGCAAAGUACUUGGUGAAGCCCAGGAGAUUUUGGUACUGCCAGGCGAUUUGAUUAUGUGUCUCCCGCAAAUUCUCAGAUGGCCAGCAACCUUUCCGUCCUCAAACUUUCUCAACCUGUCACAGACUGGAUUGGACAACAGAUUCACCACACCCCCCGAACAACCCAGUGAUAGUUGGGAUACGGGCAGUUUCGACAAGGUCUGGGAGCAGCCAGAACCGCUGGUUCACGACAGCAAAAGUAUACCGCACGAAUAUCAUACCGCGAAAGCGGACCUUAUUGAGGACAGCUGGUGUAGUUCCUCCAGUGCCAUAGGCCAGGCAUUGACAGGUCGUCUGGAUUGGGGUACCGACAGAGUGAGAGAAGAAAUGAACUAUAUUCUCGGUUCUGAUGGAGCGACAGCAGUUGAAUUUGUCACGAAGUCGCGAGCGCAGUUGGCGAAGCAUUUUCACCACCUCUGUGAUUCAAUUGAGCGAGGCGAAGACCUGGACUCUGAUUGCAGAAUGAACAGAUAUGGAGAACGAGGUGUCUCACCGGACCUUUUCCAAGGUCAAAAUGAAUAUCUUGAGACACCGGAAUCUUUCACCGAUCCUUUAACGUCAACCUCACCUACGUGGAACAACCCUUCUAUAGAUGAUAUGGUAGCAGACUUGAACCAUACUUUUUCUCAACAGCCUAUGUCUUUCGAUUUACCUUGA